GACUCACAGGAGCACCAACUGUUUCGCCUAGCUGAAAACUGCUUGUGGGAGCAGUUCACCGCCGAGGGCCGGCGCACCAACAGCUACACCUGCCGCUACAUUGCGGAUUUGCAAGAAGCCACCAAGGGCCUUCUCUGGAACGACCUGUUUGUCCACCUGAAGGGCAAGUUGGUCGGCCCUCAUCAUGAGGACUUCGUGCGCCUGGCCGCGGACAUCCAUCACCUGUCUGCGUCGCUCACCAUGACGGCCUUGGAGCGGAACCUCGAUGUCGUGGAGUACCCCGCCUGGGACGACUUGCCGGGAGCCACCAGACGUGACUGGGCGCUUUUCUGUGGCCAGGACAUCUCCUUGCACGAGGUCCUCAACCCACCGAUGCAGGUCCUUGCCGAGUUUAUGGAGGACGUCCCCAUGGGCAUGCAGCGCGAGUUCCCCCUUGGUCAAAGACGAGUUUGCCCCGAUGUGUGCACCCGGCAGACCUGUCGCAGACCUCAUUGCGAAUGCAUCCACCCCGAUUUUGUAGACCACGCCUGGGUUCCCCUAAAUUCCCCGUGUCGUAACUUCUUUCGGGGUCAUUGCACCAAAGAAGGCGGUUGCCCCAAUUUGCAGGCCGACACCUUCCCCGAGGCGGUCUAUGCAGCAUUCCGCCAGCUGACAAUGAAGAGGCCAUCCACGCGUCUACACUAUGUGCAGCGCCGGGCCAUCUUCAGGUUCGUCACCAGGUCCGAAGCCAUGGACAUGAUCCUGACGUCGUUAACCACCAGCGACACCAUGGCAAUCAAACAAUUCAUCAUGGGCAUGAGUUGGACCAAGUUUUCCACGGCAUCCUCGUAUGAUAAUCACCUUGCCCGUGGCGGAGUACCCGAGAUGGACCCCCGUACCAGCAAAGGAGGAUACGGGAGACACGGCCACCGGGCACGCUUCCCCACACCUACUAGAUCAAGAUUUCCAUCCCCGCGGCGAGACCGUGCGCCAUCGGCUACACCAACGCUGUCGCGCCCAUUGCAGACGACUACUUCAUCAAGCUCCACCUCGGGUUCGGCGCCAUCGUUUGGACAGCCAGCAGAGCAGCAGUCAAGCGCGGCACGCGUGCAGGCACCACCGAUAAAGGCCAUGCCCAAAGACCUGCCGGCGCACCUGGGCGCCCCGAAGCGAGCGCCAUCACCACACAACAAGCAGCCAGCCCGACAGCGCGCGGAGUCACCAACGGACGUCCGAACCGGCAACCACCACCUCGACCACCAGUGGCUCUGCCAAGGCACCGCCCCCGCCAUUGGCCCAGGUCGAGUUCCCCGCACCGCAGAGAGUGCGCCGCAUCGAACCCCAGCUUGGGCCGCGGCCGAGAGUAAUCGAUCCUUCGCUCCGGCAACCACCGCAGCAGCCCAGUACAUCGCAGUGUCUGGGACGACACCUGGCCCACCGACACCACAGCAGUUUCCACCGGCAGCCUUGCCACCACUACACCCAGCACCAUCAUCACAACCAUCCGCCCGCUGGCACCGGCAGCACCGUCGCAGCAACACAGCAUCUUUACGGAAGGGCGGCAAGGAUGCAGCAGCGCACUCCCCAUUCGGGCCACGGUACCGUGCUCGCUCGACCACGCACCCACACCACCGAACCCCAUCCUUCCACAAGCAUGGGGGUACACGGGCAAUACGCUGCCAGCGAGGGCAGCCAUCGUACACAACAUGCUUACACCAGUGCCAGCUAUGGCGCCGGACGAUGUCGCACAGUUUCCCCCUGGCAACUACCCGUACUUGGCCUUUGCCCCGACCGUGGUUCGUGAACACCUCCAUGUUGCAGGCGGUCGAGUUUGCGUUGGACUACCACGUCACCAAGUCCAGGCUCACCGACUUCGGCCUCGUGAUCCAGGCCCCCAACACCUACAGACGCACGCCGACGGUGGAACGCGUGCUCAUCAUGCCUCUUCCUGCUCAGGGCACAGACCGCGCCGUGCUCGUGACCCGCGCAUACGUCUGGGCCCUCGUCACUGGAGACUUGCGACAGGUUGGCUUCAACAACCCGGAGUCCUGCUACCUCGUUCUCCGCGACUACAUGGCCCUGGCAGUGCACGUCCGCAGGUUCACCCAGGACAGACCUUCCGUCGAGCGCUACAUCAUGGCCUUCACCGACGCAGUUCUGGACUGCGUUUGUUUCAUGCUGCCGAUGGCGUGGCGGACCCGGUUCACCGACGACUGGGCGCAGGUGGUCACCGUCAGCGGCAAUCCGCCUCGACUCCAUUGGCGCCGCGGCAUGUGA